ACUUUCAGCCUCCCUCUCUGUCCUCACCCUCCUCCCUCUGCCUCAGCGUUCAUUCAGCAGCUCAAAGAGCGUCACACACACACACACACACACACACACACACACACACACACACACACACACUCGGCAGUGACUCUCAGACAGUGAAUAUUAGCCGUCUGACCAGCAGCUGUUUCUGGUCGCUGUGCAGAGCUCCACUCUGCAGCAGCCUGCCGCUCUUUGCUGUGUGUUUUCAGGGAUCAGAGGACAGCGUGUGAUCUGUGGAUGUUCAUUUCUCUGGGAGGACUUUAACUCGCCACCGCUCGUCUUCCUCAUUUCCUCUUUUUUUUUUUUUUUUGUUCAUGAUUAUAGCGCUCUGUCCCUCUCCCUCUUUUCCUUCCAUUUCCCUCUCUCUGUCAUUCUCUCAGCGCUUCGUUCUAAUUUUGGAAGCAUGGAACCUCGGGGAGCACUCUCCCAAAGCUAUUUACGUCCUCGCCUCUCCUCCUCCUCCUCCUCCUCCUCCUCCUCCUCCUCUCCUCUCCUCUCCCUCUCCAGGAGGAGAACAGCAUGAGGAUCCUUUGAUGCAAGCGAGCAGGGGAAUUCUGCUUCUCCUCUCCUCUGUAUUUGUGUUGUGUUGUUAGCUGCGGGUGGUGGUGGUGGAGAGGCUGCAGCGAGCGAUCGCUCCUCAGCAUAUGGAAAUGCACAGGCUGAACACGGCGAUGUGAUUUCAUCGAUUACCUCCUGGUCUCCGUCUUUGCUUGUCCAGUUUGUUUGUGAAAGAGUCAGAGAGGUGUUCAGUGCACCAGAGGAAACUUUUUUCUUCCGUCUGCAGCAGAGCGCUCUGCGUGGAUCAGGACUCCAGGUGAUGGAGGCGACCGACCACAGAGUCACAUUUCAGGUCACUGCAAAGUCUGGAUUUCCUAAAUUUGACUCCUAAAGCUGCACGUCUUUUUUGAGUUUGAUUCCUGAAGCCGAGCAGAGGGGGAGAUUUGUGCAAGCUGCGUCUGAGCCGUCUGAACAUUAGAGGAGAAGAUUUUGUCCCAAGUGUCAGUGACUGGUCAUCGCAGCACAAACGGAGCAGCCAAAAAGCGGACGCUCCAGGAGAAGGUAGAAGGUCCCUGCAAGAAUCUGCAGCUGAAACAGGAUAUCUCUGCUGGAUUACACAAUAAAAGCACAGAGGAGUUUUCUGCAUUUUCUCUUUGAUGGAAUUUAUGAUCAUUUUUUAAUCAGUUUAAAGAACAGAAGCACAGAAAAGCUUUUAAAGUUGAAGAGCAUCUUUCAGUGUCUGCCCCCCCCCCCACACCUGUGCUCGGCAACUUGAAUCCUAAACUGAGCCAUGCUGACAUCGGGGCAGAAGAACUGACUGGUGUCUGUUUGUGACAAAAGAGAGCGCUGCCUCUUGUCUUGGCAUGCUGUUGCAUCCCACAGUGUCAGGAUUGUGCGCCAUGUUGCAGACCAUCUAUGAGACUGAGUCCUGUUUCUCCUCCACCAGCACAGACAGCCACCACCAGCCUCUGGAGCUCCUGAGCGGCAACAGGGGCUCCAGCACUGCCAUGCCCACCACCGUGGAGGUGAAGAGCAGCCUCCCGUCGGGGAUGCAGAGUCCCGUAGGAGCAGCCAGCGAGCAGCGAGGAGGAGGCGGGGAAGGAGGUGGGGGUCCAGGUGAAGGCCCAGGAGGAGGAGGUGGAGGAGGAGGCCCAGUAGAUCUGCGGACUGAGCCCAGGGUGGGCUCUCUGUCUGCGGGGGUGGCGGCAGUGGACACAGCCAUGAGGGAGCAGCAGCUCCAGCAGGAGCUCGUUCUGCUCAAACAGCAGCAGGAGCUCCAGAAACAGCUGCUGUUCGCCGAGUUCCAGAAGAAACACGAAGUGCUGACAAGACAGCACGAAGUCCAGCUGCAGGAGCACCUGAAGCAACAACAGGAGCUGCUGGCGGCGAAGAGGCAACAGGAGCUGGAGCAGAAGAGGAAACUGGAGCAACAGAGACAUGAAGAGCAGGAGAAGCAUCGACUGGAGCAACAGCUGCUGCUGCUGAGGAACAAGGAGAAAGGCAAAGAGAGUGCCAUCGCCAGUACGGAGGUGAAGCUGAAGCUGCAGGAGUUCCUCCUCAAUAAGAAAGAGCCCGGCAUCGGCGGACUGAACCAUUCCUUCUCCCCAAAGUGCUGGGGUGCCCAGCACACCUCCCUGGAGCAGGGCUCUCCUCCGCAGAGUAACACCCCAGGAACUCCUCCCUCCUACAAACUGCCCCCACUGCUGGGGAACUACGAAGGCAAAGACGACUUCCCGCUCCGCAAGACAGUCUCAGAGCCCAACCUGAAGGUGCGAUCACGGUUGAAGCAGAAGGUGGCGGAGAGGCGGAGCUCCCCACUCCUCCGCAGGAAGGACGGGACCGUCAUCAGCACCUUUAAGAAGAGAGCCAUAGAGAUAUCAGUCUCGUCUCUGUGUAACAGCGCUCCAGGUUCAGGUCCCAGCAGUCCCAACAGCUCCAACACGGCUAUCGCCAACGGCAACACGGGGUCGGUGCCCAACAUACAGACUGAGCUGAGGUCUCUGCACCAGACGCUGGGGGCUGAUGGGACUUUGAGUCCUCUGAAUCUCUACACCUCGCCCUCGUUGCCCAACAUCUCCCUGGGCCUCCCAGCCAACACACACAUCACGCCCCCUCAGAAGCUGUCCACCCAGCAGGAGGCCGAGCGUCAAGCUAUCCAGUCACUGCGAGGGGGCGGAGCUCUAACAGGGAAGUUCCUCUCCACGUCCUCCCUACCUGCAGGGGUGGGGCAUGAGGUGGAGACUCCGCCCCCCAGCUCUCACUCCGCCCAUUCCUCAUUAUUACAACAUGUUCUACUGCUGGAGCAGGCCCGACAGCAGACAGCCAUGCUCGCUGUCCCCAUGUACAGCCAGUCGCCGCUGGUUACGGCAGAGAGAGGCGUGUCCGGCGGCAUGCGGGCGGUCAACAAGUUGCCUCGCCAUCGGCCGCUAGCUCGGACCCAGAGUGCACCUCUGCCGCAGUCGCCGCAGGCGCUGCAGCAGCUGGUGGUGCAGCAGCAGCACCAGCACUUCCUGGAGAAACACUACAAGAUGCUGUCGAAGGGGGCGGAGCUUCCCAGGCCGCCGCCCACCCACCCAGAGGAGACAGAGGAGGAGCUGACAGAGACCAAUGACAUGCAGGAGGACGAUGAGGGGGCGGGGCUCCACAGGCUCCAGAAGGAGGGAUCAGACGACAGCACGCCGUCCUCCGAGCAGCUCGCUGUGCACCUGAAGGGCGAGGAGGAGCACGGGAGCAUGCACGUGAAAGGGGAGAGCACGGAGAGCGAGCUGGACGAAGAGGAGGAGGAGGAUGACGUGGUCCAGCUGAGGGAGGGGGAUGAAGAGGAGAAGGGGAGCUACUCACAGGCCUUGCAGCAGCUGGGUGUGUUCCAGUCCUCGCUGCCCCACAGACCUCUGGGACGAGCGCAGUCCUCCCCCGCCACGGCUACCGUCAAUCCCAUCAAACACCUCUUCACCACCGGGCUCGUCUACGACAGCCUGAUGUUGAAGCAUCAGUGUGUUUGUGGCAACGCUCACAUCCACCCGGAGCAUGCUGGGAGAGUGCAGAGCAUCUGGUCCAGACUGCAGGAGACGGGCCUACUGGGCCGCUGCGAGAGGAUUCGGGGGCGUAAGGCGUCUCUGGAUGAGAUCCAGUCGGUCCAUUCAGAGUUCCACACUCUGCUGUACGGAACCAGUCCGCUCAACAGACACAAGCUGGACCACAAGAAGCUGCUGGGUCCAAUCAGCCAGAAGAUGUACGCUGUUCUUCCCUGUGGAGGAAUCGGGGUGGACAGUGACACCGUGUGGAAUGAGAUGCACUCGUCAGCGGCGGUCCGCAUGGCAGUCGGCUCCGUCAUCGAGCUGGCCUUCAGAGUGGCUGCAGGCGAGCUGAAGAACGGCUUCGCUGUGGUUCGUCCACCAGGUCACCACGCUGAGGAGUCCACCGCCAUGGGGUUCUGUUUCUUUAAUUCAGUCGCCAUCACUGCCAAACUGCUGCAACAGAAACUGGGAGUGGGCAAGAUCCUCAUCGUGGACUGGGACAUUCACCAUGGCAACGGCACCCAGCAGGCCUUCUACAGCGACCCCAACGUCCUCUACAUCUCCCUCCAUCGCUAUGACGACGGGAACUUCUUCCCCGGCAGCGGAGCUCCUGAGGAGGUGGGCUCAGGUGCAGGUGUUGGUUUCAAUGUGAACAUCGCGUGGACUGGAGGAGUGGAGCCACCUAUGGGUGAUGUGGAGUACCUCACUGCCUUCAGGACCAUAGUGAUGCCUGUCGCCCAGCAGUUCAGUCCAGACGUGGUCCUGGUGUCUGCGGGCUUCGACGCCGUGGAGGGUCAUCAGUCUCCUCUGGGAGGAUACAACGUCUCUGCCAAGUGUUUCAGUCAGCUGACGCAGCUGCUGAUGGGUCUGGCGGGCGGGCGCGUUGUCAUGGCGCUGGAGGGAGGUCAUGACCUCACAGCCAUCUGUGACGCAUCAGAGGCCUGCGUCUCUGCGCUCCUGGGAGACCCGUGUGACGCUGUGUUUCAGUGGCCGCAGGAGAAGCCGUGUCCCAAAGCUCGGGCCUCGUUAGAGAGAGUCAUCGAGAUCCAGAGUAAACACUGGUCCUGUCUCCAGACUUUGUCCCAGACGAGCGGACAGUCACUGUUGGACGACCCCAUCAGCGCUCAGGGCCAAUCAGAGAAGGAGGAGGCGGAGACAGUCAGCGCCAUGGCGUCUCUCAGUGUCGAUGUCGAGCCGCCGGGCGCAGAUCCUGACGACACAGAAACCAGCAGGUCCACGGAGGAGCCGAUGGAGGAGGAGCCUGUGUUGUAGGAGGAGCUUUAACCAGAACCACACAAGAACUCCACAUUCACCUCCUGCUGGCACCUCCUCUUCCUCGUCCUUUUCCUCUUCCUCCAUGUGUUCACACACACACACACACACACACAAACACAGUGGAGGUGUGCCGCUGAGGAGGACAUUAUGGAGGCAGGAGGAGGUGGGGACUGUGACAAACACAGAGACGCAUCUCUUUUCUACUCGACCCGAGGAGGAGCAGACGACUUGUUGGCAUCUCCAUGGAAACCAGAGGAGGAAGGGUCAUACGUCAGCACCUGUACACAGCUUCAUCACACACCUGUCUGUCCCGACUCCUCUGUUUCCACAGCGGGACGAUGACCCAUCAAAAUACCAGACGCAAAGUGGACGACUUGUCCUCUUGUCUGUCUGUGCGUCCGUCUGUCAGAGACAGGCCGAGCGAGGAGUUUGACAAUGAACAGAGGAGGAGGAGGAACUAGGUGCCUUUUUUUAACGAAAAACAAAACCGUCCGAUCCACAAAACGCCACCGCCGCAGCACCUCAGCAACCAACCAGCCAAUCAGGACUGAAGAAACACACUGAUGUGCGCACACACACACACAUACACACACACACACACACUGCUGUCGGUCAGUUCAUCUUUGAGUCUUUGUUUCUUCGUCUGGAUGCCUUAAUUUGUUCUCAUGUCACCGUCAGCGCCCCGACAGAGACGGCGAGGGCAGAACCGCCAUGUAACCACACAUCCAUCAAAGCUCCUCCCAUCAGACUUUAAAGCCAUCAGAACACGCCGGGACGUCCCGCAAAGUCUCCGCUGAAUAUGAACGUCACUUUAAUAAUGAUAUUCAGCCAGACUCUGUGGGCGCUGGCGCGAGUGUCUCAGGAUCAGGCCCGUCUCAGCGUCUUCAUCACGUCAACCAACCCUUCAUCACUCCUCUCACUCACUCACUCAGUCAUGUGACCUGAGCCCCGCCCCUUCCUGUAAAGGGGAUUGUGGGAUUGUGGCACGUUUUUGAAACACCACAGCGACCACCACGUCCCUCCUUCCUUUCUUUCUUUGUUUUUUUAUUUGGUGUAAAUACUGUUUCCUGUCGUGUCCACGGCGCCGUCACAGCAGACUCACUUUUCUAUCUCUGUACAUACGUCUAUGUAAAAAACACAAAAUCUCUUUUUGUAUAAAAAAGAAAAAAUCAUAUUCUAUAUAUAAAUAUAAAUAUAUAUAUAUGUAAACAUUGUUUUAUCCAAUCAGAUUGGAGUUCUGAAUAUAUUCUAUUUGGAGAUUUGAUGUUUUAAAGGUUUGAGCUGUUUGACAGGAAGUAAGCACACGGUCUGAGGUCGUCGGACCGCCACCUGUUUGUUUGUUUGUUUGUUAAUAGAUGUUGAGGGUGGCUGGAUGAUGUCAUCGUAGUGGUGGUUGUUGUUGUUGGAGGUGAGUGGUGAGCUCCAGUUCCUCUGGCAGGACCAGUGCUGCUCUCCGCAGGCAAACAGCAGCGACUACAGAAAGGCAGGUUAUCCAAGGUCAAAGGUCACGACUCGGUAAAUAGGCUGGUCCAGUGAUGAUGCGUUUUUGUAGUCCAACAGCCUCGACCGCUGAACUACACGAAGCUGUUACAGAGACGGAGUUAAAAAUACAAACCCACCAGGUGGACGUCUCUCGGUUCAGGAGAAACGGGGUGACUCAGAGGAAGUUUGCCUUCCUUCCUGUGAACUCAUUUCUUCAUCGUUCUUGCUGAAACAAACUUUUAAUCCACUUGUCGUUCACGGUUCACUGUUCCUGGAUCAGAGCUAACGAGCCGUUCUGCGUCAGGUCCGAGUACAUUUUGAUAGUUUGUUUUUUUCCAGGAUUCAGGUGCAAAUGACAAAAACUCAGAUAUUCUCUAUGUUUAGUAAAUCACAAAUUUUCAAUAGAAUCAGAAAUACUCUAAAAUUAACAUCACAAAUUGAUGAUAAAAUUCCUUGAAAAUUAUCUAAGAUUAUUAGAUCACAAAUUUACAAAAUACGUCAGAAAUUCUCUCAGAUUAAAGUUGCAAAUUUAAAAAAAAAACACAAAAGUCAGAAAUUUACAGAAAAAACAGAAAUUCUCUAAAAUGAAUGUCAAAUUUUUAUGAUAAAAAAAUACUGAAUAUUUUCUAAGAUUAUUACAUUGCAAAUCUUAAAAAAAAAAAAAAUAGAAUUUCUCAAAAGUGAAAGUCACUAAUUUACCAUAAAAAACCUAGAGUGUGCUAAUAGUAAUGAAAUCACGUCUGACCUGAAUGUAAAAGUUUGUUCAAGCUUCUGACGAGUCGACCAAAACUCCAAACCAACGACUGUAUGUAAAGAUGGCCAACACGUCUCCACUUCCUCCUACUGUGCAAACACUGAGGCCAAAGUAUCGCAGAUACGGCCGCGGCCAUCUUGUAUCAAAUUCCCGCCCAUACAGCCGCACAAUCAACGGCUGUUUGUCCCCUUAAAGCACAGCUUUAGAGACGUGACGUGUUCUCCAGCGUCACUUUUCACAAAGAAUUCCCAGUCGAGGCCGUUAGUGACUGUUCUCUGUUGGAAGCCUCAGAGCUGGACCACUCUAUUGCUCACAUCUACAGAAACUCAGCAGAGCGACAUCAGUCAGCGAACUCUGCCGACACACUCUUCAAACCUCACAAGCGUCCGUCUCCCAGGAGCCUGUAGCUGCCGCUGCUACCUCUGGGUCUCAUCUGUUCAAAGCAAUACAACACUGACAGGACAGCAGUGACUGGACCGACAGCGUCCAGCCUUCAGCAGGCAGCGUCACAGCACCACAUCAUCAUGGAGCUUUUAAAGGUGCGGGUGAGCGCUGUGUGUGUGUGUGUGUGUGUGUGUGUGUGUGUGUGUGUGUGUGUGUGUGUGUGUGUGUGUGUGUGUGUGUGUGUGUGUGUGUGUGUGUGUUACCUGUCAGGUGGAUGGACAGAGGAUUGAUUGAUUGAUUGAUUUAUUGAGCUCAGUGUCGUCUUUUUGUACUGAUGUAAACACUAAGGCCAUUUUGUCCAUCAUACCAGCAGUCAGUGAACGCAGCGCCUCAGGCUGGGGGGGCGGGGAGGGGGCGGGGAGGGGGCGGGGUUACAGCGAUGACACAAAAAUUUACCAUCAAAUGUGGGAGGAACAAGCAGCAACUACCAGGAUUUUAUCAGCUGCGUUUAAAUGUAUGGAACACCAACUAGUCAAUAUUAAAUAAAUAAAUACAUGAAUAAAUUAAUGUUUAUGACAAAUAAUGUAUAAUAUAUAUAUAUUAUAAUAUGAAUAAAUGUUAAUAUAAAAAUAUAAAUAAUGAGUCCAUAAAUGAAUCAAUAAAUUUUUUUUUUUUUUUUUUUAAUUUCCAGAAAUAAAUUAUGUUUUUUUUUUUAUUUAUUACGGAGAACUUUUACCUCCUAAUGUCACAUUUAUCUCUCAGCUCUUUUAAUAACAGGUUGUGAUUCAGUUCAGUUCUGGUGCUGUUGUUUUGGUUUGAUUCUGUUGUUCAGACCGAAGUAAAUAUUUAUUUAAAUAAAUCAAAUGGAAAUAAAUGUGGAAUUAGGAAAUAAAAGUCCCUUAAAAUAAGUAAUAGUCCUUUGGCAAAUGAUAUCCUAUGUAUGUAUUUAUUUAUAUAUUUAUUGAAUUAUAUUGACUCAUUUAUAUAUUUUUUACUUCAUUAUUUAUUUCACAGCCAUGUUCAUUUAUUUAAUAGGAAUAAUUGUGCAUUUAUUUAUUUAAUUUUUACUUAAAUUGAAUUCCAUAUUAAACAAGCACCAACAAAUUCAAUUAAAAUGAAUUCAAAUUAAAUUGUCGGUUGAAUAAUUUGGUCUUUUUUCUCUCACUGCGGCAGCAUCUAGUGGCCAUUAGAGGAACUGCAGUGUAAAAUAUACAGCUGUUAUCAUAACUCUGGUUUAUCACAACUUGGGCCCUGUUUUUCCAAAAGUCAAAAUUAGUUUUGUUUAAGACAGAUGGAAUCAUUUUCAAAAUUCACAAAAUGUUUUUAUCCAAUAAAAUAUUCUUCUUUCAUUCAUAUUUAUUGGCAUUCAGCAUUAAUAAUAAUAAUAGUAAUAAUAAAAAACAUUUUCCCUGCAGUCAGGAAACUGUUUGCUGCACACAAAGGAAGGAAGCUGUGGGUUCUCUUCAUGGUUAGACAGGAAGCGGUGAGCAGAAGGGUUUUCAGUUGGUUGCAAUCUUCACCACCACUAGAUGCCACUCUUCAAAAAGUCAUUGUUGUUGCCAAGACAAUUAAUUUUAAAAAAUGAUUUAAUUGGUGAUGACAUCUCGAAAUACGACAGACGUUCAAAGCUUCCUUUGAAAACCUUUACAAAAGCUUGUGUCCGGCCGUAGUUGCUGCUUGUUCAGUUUGGUUGGGUUUUUUUUCUGAGACAAACUGGAGUUCAGCACGUAGAGGAGCGUCUGCACCAGCACAGUGAAAACUCUGAAACAUGAACAGUGCUGACAGUCUGAUGAUGAUGAUGAUGAUGAUGAUGAUGAAUGUCCUCCUCAGUCCAGAGGCUGCGCAGCAUCACUGUUGCUUCCACCCACGCACACACUGAGGUGAAACGCACACUUUGACACACACACACAGACUAUUUUGCUACAUGAGUUAAUACUGUAUAUUUCUUGAUAUGUUUGAUACUGUGGUGUAAAUGUAGUGUCCUGCUAUGACGCGGUGUCGGGGGGGUGGGGGGGUAUUUUUGGACUCUUGGUGCGACAGAGGAGGUUCACUGUCACCUUCUCUCUCCGUCUCUUUUACCUCCGUCUCUUUUCGAGGGGGGACCUUCCUUCUCUCUGUCACCUUUCUCUCGUCCAGCUCGUGACUGAAAACUCGGAAAACGCUGUUUUGGUUGGAACUGAUCACAAGCACAUUCCUGACUCUUCUCUGUCCGUGCUGUCGUUUUCUCCAGAUUCUUUCCUGUUGCGACGAAACAACAUGUGUCUAGAUCUUGCAGACUCACAUGUAUAUAAAGUGCAUAUAUGUGUACACAUGUGCAAUACACGCUAUUCGAGCAAUCUAUUACUGUGACUAUUAUUGAUGAUGAUACUUCAGCCUGUUUUUUCUUCUCGUCCUGAUUUCCUGUUGAUGAAUUGUGUUGCAGGAGCUUAAAAAGGGAAGAAGGUGACUCUUGUGAUUCUUCACACUCAAUUUAAUUUCAGGGGUUUGUGGACAUUUUAAUGAAGCCCUUUUUUUUUUAUUACUCUCACUGUAAUGUUGUGACGUUGAUCCUGAUUAUCUGUUUCUUUGUUGUUUUUUUUUAAGUGGGCCUGUUGUUAAACUUGUCUGGAAACUCAAUAAAGCAAUUCACUGACUGUUGUAUUUCCCAA